AUGUCAAGACUUGAUUUGAGUGAAAAUCACAUCAAUUACAAUGAAAGUAGAAAUUUGCCGGAUCCUCCAUUUUCUCAGCUGUCCCAUCUAGAGGAACUGCUUGUUUUUUCACAACACCACAGGUUGCAUAGUUAUCUGCCUGGGAACUUUUUGCAAGGUUUGACCAGUCUUUUGAGUUUCAAAGCCAGGAAUAUCCGUAUUGCGUCUCUGGACAAAGACACCUUUGUUUACACGCCACAGCUGCAAUUACUUGAACUUUCUUCAAAUGAACUUAAAGAACUCCCUUCAGAUCUGUUUUUCCCAAUUCCAAACCUUAAAAGCCUUUAUAUAUCCAGGACAGCUCUUUACUCUCUAGAGUUCCUUAAAGAUGCCAACCUCACAAAGCUGGAGUUUCUACAGGCAAGACAGAAUUUAUAUCCAGUUAUCCGCAAAGAAGAUAUAAAAUCCCUACCAGCUCUGACUUAUCUGGACCUUCAGGGCAAUGGAUUCACCUGCAACUGUGAUAACAGCUGGUUUCUCUCGUGGGCAAUAAAUGACAGCAAAACUCAAGUUUAUGAUGCAUAUAACUUUACGUGCAACUAUCCACAAGAAUUCAAAAGUAAGAAGCUGUUGGACUUGGACACCCGCUUCUGCUCAGUUGACAUGGGCUUUAUUUGUUUUCUCUGCACCACAUGUGCAAUCCUAUGCUUGAUAGUGGUGUCCUUCACUUACCAUUUUAUGAGAUUGCAGCUCGUCUAUGCCUAUUACCUGUUCAUAGCUUGGUUCUUUGACAAAAAGCACAAAAACAAGAAAACUCCUCAUCAGUACGACGCCUUUAUCUCCUACAACACCCACGAUGAGCCUUGGGUCAUUGACAAGCUCUUACCAAAACUGGAAGGAGAACAGGGCUGGAGACUGUGCCUACACCAUCGAGACUUUGAACCAGGGAGACCCAUCAUAGAUAACAUUACAGAUGCUAUUUAUGGAAGCAGGAAGACCAUUUGUGUGAUCAGUCGCAAAUACCUCGAGAGUGAAUGGUGCUCCAGAGAGAUCCAGGCAGCCAGUUUCCGUCUGUUUGAUGAGCAGAAAGACGUUCUAAUCCUGGUAUUCAUGGAGGAGAUUCCCAGCUAUCUGUUGUCUCCUUACCACCGCAUGAGAAAGAUGAUAAAGAGGAAAACCUACCUGAGCUGGCCGCGAGUUGGAGAGCACACCGAGCUGUUCUGGGAGAAACUUUGCCAGGCUCUGGAGACCAGAGAAGAUCCAGAAGGAAAGAUGUUACUUCUCACUGUGUCAACUGUGCCAUGAGGAAAUUAAAGCAAUUUUUUUUUCUCUUUUUUAAAGGUUAUAGAUUUAUUUUUUAAUUUUUUUAUUCCAUGAUAAUAGUUUACAGUGUUCUGAUGUUUCAUUAUUUUAAAAGUUUUGAGUGUUUCUCCAGCAAAUAUUUGAAGUUUUACUUACUUACAGAAAUGUUGGUUUUAAACAGAACCAGUGAAGCAAGAAAAGAUGAAACAAAUGUCUAUGAUAACUUCACUGCAAUUUCUUGUUAAUCAAAGUAUUACAGAGUCAGCAUUUUGGUCAAUUAAAAUGCUGCACAUAAUUCAUUCAAUCAUACAUCGUCUUUUUGCAUUACUGAAACAAAGAAGUUUUGCAAGAAGUAAGAGACAAUGAUUGUCAACUGAAUAUAACUUACAUAAUAAAUGACUGAGAAUCAUAAUGAAUAUAUAAGAAUAUCUUACUAUAUCUAUCGUAGAUAAAGGACACAUAUGUAUAAUAAAUGCAAACAAAGCCUUUUAAACAAGUCUAAAGUAUAAUAUCUCUCUUGGUUUAAUUACUAAGCUUGUUUAGUCACUGCUGAUACAUAACAAUGGAAAAUCACAUUUCAUGCACUGUAAAAGUAAUUUCAGUUCUUUUCAAACUUUAUUUCAGCCUUCCUCAUUAAGAUGUCUGUCGUUCUUUGGCUUGUGUGAACUUUGCACCCUCUACUUAUGCCAGCGUUAUUAGACAGGUGGUUCACCCACAGGUUUGUUUAUUGAAGAGUUAGGUAGUUAAAGUUAAGAUAACCCAUAAAACCAUCCUGCAACAGAUGUACCAAGCUCAGAUACAUUGGAAUUAUCCAAUUAAACCACUAUUUCUCUAAUAGGUAACACAUUUUGUCCAUCUAUGAGUGCCUCCCCACAGUUACUAAGAAACAAAGUUUGUUAAAUUAAAAUCAUAUGGAUAGUAAGACACAAACUAGUGACUGACAAGAUAUAGUCAUAAGAAAAGUGUUCACUGAGAUCAUAGAGUGAGGCAACUAAAAGGCUAUUUUCCCAUUGUCUAUGCAACAAAAGGCAUCACCCCUUGCUGGCCAUCAGAAAGAAAGCAGGUUUAUAACUCUUCUACAGUGGCUCAAUUUUUCAGACUUCACAGUCUAUGUGAAUGAACUGAACUUAAACAUAUCCCUUCAUUUGUGAUCAUAUUCCUUCCAUUCUGAAUAUUUUGUUCUAUGAAUAAUUACAUUAAAUAAAGAACAUCUUUAAUUUGUAUUCCAGUUAUACAACAGGAAAAAACAUUGAUGUUCUUUUUCCAAUGUUUAACACUAGGAUUUAAACCUUUUAAACAGAGAUGUAACCUUAUAAAUAUGGUAUUGUACAUAUUUAUCACUGUUUGCUAAUCACUGUCAGCUAAUUUCUUUUUAUUUAGGAUCCUUUUGCAGCGUGAUUAAUUCUUUUUUUUUUUU